CAGACUGUACAAUUUAAAGAUGGCGGCUUUUGUUUACUACUGCCGUUGCUCCAGAGCAGGUUUUGUCCCUUUGUAAAUUUUGCGUUAAGGGAUGCAGAGUCGCUCAAACGCGAGUUAUCAACGGCGAAUUUGAAACUGGGGUUUUCUGCGAAAUGAACUCGACCAGUCUCUACGUGUCGACAUGUCGAUUGGUUCUGCAGGCGGACAGCGAAGAUCCGUCCAGCUGGACAGACCUGUACCGGCUGGUGCCCUAUCUCAGGCAGAGUUUGUCCUGCACCGUCUGCGGCAACUUGCUCAUCGAACCCUUCACACCCACCGACACCAAUUGCCAGCACCACGUUUGCAAGGGUUGUCAAGGUGGUAAAAAGAAACUGAAGCCUUCGUGUAGUUGGUGUAAAAACUAUGAUAAAUAUGUGGAAAAUGUGCAGCUGCGGAUUUUACUCCAGUGUUACAAGAAACUCUGCGAAUACAUUACAAGUACGGCAAUUUACAGAAAACUUGCCUCUGCUGUCAACACGAAUGGAGGCAGUUUAGUUGAUUUAAUAAAUGAGGGUGCAGGCUUUAAGGACGACUACAAAAGUACUGCUGGCCUUUCAAAGUCAGCCUACAGCAUUUUGCCGUGCGUAUACACAAGCAGUUCAACGCAGACGUCAGGGGCAGUUCCCCCUACGUCACCGGUCACCACUGCUGCCUCGACGGUGACGACUACAAAAGUGGAAACUCCACCACCCAUCAAGACAGUGUCCAACGGCCAGUCCUUGUAUUCGGUAAUGUACGCAAGUGGAAACAAAAUCACCUUCAAGAGGAAAGCAAGCGGAGAACAAAUUUUUCAAACUACUCCGACCGUGGCCACUACCGUUUUGCAACCUGUGGUGACCGCAACGGCAGCUGUUCCUCAAACGUCAAUGGCUGUGGCAGCAACAGCAGCAGCACCAGUCGAGGUUGUUGAGAAUGAGUUUAAGAAGCCCAAGCAAGUCAAUGCGGUAAAAUCGCCUAAGCCAAAAACUAAAAAGAAGGGCUGUCGGUGUGGAAAUGCAACAGCAACGCCGGGAAAAUUGACCUGUUGUGGUCAAAGGUGUCCUUGCUAUGUGGAGGCCAAGGCCUGCGUAGAGUGCCGCUGCCGGGGAUGUCGAAAUCCUCACCGCCCUGGGGGCAAAAAGGUCCGGCCCCACAUACCAGAGUUGCAUUCAAUACAAAUCCAUCUACCAACGCAAACGGCAGGCCAGGCUGCAACUGGUGCAACGGUGAGCGUGGGUCAACAGUUGACGGCCACGACGCAUCACUUGCACAACACCAGUGGUGGUAUGAUGAUAACAACCACACCUAGCCGACAGCUGCACCAAAUAGUGGCCACCAGUGUUGGCCACUCGUCCACCAUCCUUGAGGCAAAAAAUUUACAAGGCCAGCAAAUUUUAGGGGUGCACCCGCAACUUGUCUAUGCUCCCUCAUCCACUUUGAACUUGCAAAAUGUAUCAAGUGUGCUGCCAGCAGCCUUGUUAGUUGGUGACGAAAAGUCGCCGUCAAACUCAGAUUCCGAGACUGAGGACAGUGAUGUGGACGUGGAUGUGUGACCUGAUGUACUUUAACGGCAGCAAAUCAAAUGCUGCCCAUUAUCAUGUUGUCAGUUUACCUUAAGCAAUUAUUGCCAAGUUCAGCUGAUUCACUGGUGGAUUGGAGCUUGUUGAUUUUUUUUAUCAGGCCACCAGUUAACAACUGUGGCUGAAAUUAAAUUUCUUUUGAAUUAUAGACCUUUCUUAAUCUACUUUUUAAUCAAUAAGUGGCCAAUUUAUUUUUACAUUUUAAAUUAAAUUUUCAAGGUGUGACCUUUUAAAUUUUAAGGAUGUAGUAUUAUUCCUUUCAGACACGCGAAAUGUCAAUUCUGGCACAGUGGUAAAUGGCAUUCAUUGAUCACGGAGCAUUAGAUUGGAGAAUGAAACUAGCUUACAAAGCAGAAAGAUUUUUUGAUGUGUUGAUAUUGCAAUAUUGAGUCUUCGUUAAUCUUAAAAAAAUACGAGGCUGGCUUGAGGGUAGUGCAAAUUAUUUCAUAAGAAAUUACAGCAAGCUUCUACUAAUUUUCAAGUUUCAACAUAAUUUAAUAUUACUAUGCUUAUGUUCCAAGAUUCAGGGUGUUCUCUGAAGUGUAAAAACUCGGCAUAUGAUGCAUUUUUUUGGAAUAAAGAUGCAUAAAUCUACUUCCACCAUUCCAAUAGUUGCAAAAUCUGUAAAUCUCAGUAUUUUUGCUACACUUUGCAGGCAUGAUCUCUAGUCAUUCAAUUAAUAUUUUCCUCUCGUUUACAUGACAACAGCCAUUUUCUAUCAUUUUGUAUUUUCAAUUAAUAUGGAGUUAUGUGGUGUUCCUGUAAUAAUUGUAUCAUAAUCAUUCAAAUUAUAUUUAGUGAAAUGCAUCUGUAUUUGUCAUAAUUCAUAAUCAUUAAAAAACUGAUAAUCAGCCGAUUAAAUAAUGAGUAGAACUUGUAAAUAAAGAGUAUCAUGAUCUUGA